AUAUUUUAUGCAUGCAUGGUUGUUGAUUUGUUUAGAGUGAUUUGGUGUUCAUCAUGUCUCGCCGUAAACAGGCCAACCCAAACCGGGUGUCAGUUGGAGCCGGUGAUGAUGAGGCAAAGAUAACAGAGAAUGUCACUAUGGUGAUGGAAAGCACGGGAGGUGAUGUGAUGAUGGAUAGUGCUCUAAACAUUGAUACAAAUAAAGAUGCAAGGAUACAAGAACAUCUGAGAAAACUAGCCAGUCCCAAGAAAGCUGUAGCAGCAGUGAACAUCGCUCACGGCGGGGAGAGCAAAGUUUCCGCCGGUGGAGAUGGAGGAAAAAAGAAAACUGUAUCUGUAUCUGAUUUGAUGAGUAGUGAUGUUGAGUCACAGGGUCUGCCGGAGGAUGGACGUUACGAAGUCUGGGAUGCUAACUCGGAAAGCAAUUGUUCUAUGCAAAACAGUUUCGGUAAUAGUUACAGUGGUAGCGAGGGUUCUCAAUUUGGCUUAGAUUCCAGCCAGGAUGAGACUGCAUUGGUUACCAUGGAAACCAGUAAUGCCUUCAAUAAUUCUCAAGAACCCUUUAAUGCCAAUACACCAAUGGGUAAAGGCUUCCGAAAGAAGAAAGCCAGACACAAUGAUGAUGACGCACAACUGGAAGAUAGUGAUGAAGACUGGGACGUUACUAAAAUACGUAAGCGGAGAAAAGGAUACAGUGGAAACCGAUAUGGGAAAAGGAGAAAAAAGAGUAAACCACCUGCUCCAGGAGAAAUUGAUGAAUCAGACAAAGGCAUGUUUACCUGCCAGAUAUGUCACAAGGUAACAGAAAGUGCCCAUGAAUUCACCCUCCAUAUCAGAAAACACAACGCCAUGGACUGCCACAACUGCAAGAUAUGUAGUAAAAAACUCAGCUCCGCUAGUUCGUUGGAUCGUCACAUGCUUGUGCACUCGGGCGAACGUCCAUUCAAAUGCAAGAUCUGUCGCCAGGCUUUCACCACCAACGGUAACAUGUAUAGACAUAUGCGCAUCCAUGAAAAGGACAGUAAAAUGAACAGUGUGACGAUCGCUAAUGAUUACAGUGUUCCGAGGCUUAAACUGAAGAGUAAGAGACGCCGACUGAUGGAGAUCCCGCCUUCGCCACCAAAAGUAAAACUUGAACCCAUGGAUGGAGAGAUCAAACCAGAGACUGAUAAAGAAAUGAAAGAUAUAGAUAGCAAAGAAGAGCUGAGUUGUCCAAUUUGUAGCAAAACAUUCCUUUGUAAAUACGGUCUACAAACCCACCAGGAGAUGCAUCCAACCAUUGCCCAGAGAUGUACAAUCUGCGACUGUGCCUUUAAGACACCACGUGGUCUACGAAUGCACAUACUAAUGGCACACAAAAGUAGAAAAACUGGCGUGCAGCCAUCUGGACCGGCUCACAUUCCAGUUGGCUUUCAAGAUCUUGGAUUUGCUGAGUUUUCCUCCACAAAAUUCCCACUUAUAGCAAAGUCGUGGUGCGAGAAGCACGUGAGGAGAUGCAGCAGCUCUUUGCAUCAACAUGUCUGCCGUACAUGCAACAAAGCAUUCCCUUGUGUCAGUGCCUUGAAUUUACAUGUUAGUUCACAUGGUACAAUUAAAGCAGAUACCUCCGAUGAUGGGGAAGGUAAUAAAAAAAUACUGUCACAGCAUGAUUUCAUGUCGGCUCUUAAGCUAAAUCCACAUAAGAAACUAGAUGAAACUAUCGAAAAUAAAGACCCAGCAAUCAAGUCCAACCAGUACAUCAUUAUCAUCAGAAAACCAGCUACUGCAAAUGGUAAUGGUACGACUUACCAAGCAGCUGUACCUGCAACCAUAGUAAAAACAGAAGUUCCGCCGCGGAGUACCGUGAAACUCAACAUGGUCAAAUCACCUGUCAGUAUUGCACCCAAGCCUCGAAUGGAAAACGAAAAUGAUUUCGCCGAUGUACAACAAAUCUUAAAGGUCACGUCAAGCUCAUCUAAUCCUAUGUAUCCGACUCAGUCAGCAGCCACAACUGUGAUGUCAAAUUCGACAAACCGACCUAUGCCGCCACUGCGUAGAAUGCCACAACAACCGAUCAUGCCACGCCCCAUAGUCUGCAAUGUACCACCGCCUCCUCCACCUCCGCUAAAGUGUGGACAACUAAACAACAUCCAUAUCAAGCAAGAGAUUCAUCAUCAACCAGAAUUGUUAUCUCCUCUCAUCAUGACGCCGGAGAAUAUGAUGGCCCAGAGUGUGACACCGGAAGAUCUGAGACUGCACAGUAGCGAUGGAGACGAGUCUGAUGACAUCAUCACUUUUGACACCAACAUCAAAAAAUCAUUAAAGAAAACAAAGAAGUAUGCCUGCAAAUACUGCAAAGAGGUAUUUCCACUCAGUAGGGCGUUGAAAAGUCACAUUAGAAGCCAUUUUGGAUUGACACCGUACAAGUGUUCCAUGUGUAACUAUUCCAGUGCAGACAAAAGUACCCUUAUUCGACACAUGAGAACGCAUAACGGUGAACGGCCAUUCAUGUGUCAGAUCUGUGAGUUCGCGUUCACCACCAAGGCAAACUGUGAACGCCAUGUAAAGAAGAAGCACAACAAGGCAACGAAGGCUGAAAUUGACGUAUGCAUCUCGUACAAUCAUUACUUAGCUGACUCAUCAGAAAGUACUGAAACGUUCCGUUCUCCAGAUACCAUCUGUAAAUACUGCAAUAAAGACUUCAAGUUCUUUCGGGCUCUACGUCACCAUCUGCGCUCGCACAGCAGUUGCCGUGAAAAACCAUUCCACUGUAAAAUAUGCGACAAUGGAUUCUCAACAAAAAAUAAUUGCAUACGACACAUUCUGAAGCGCCACGCUAAUCUCUCGCAGGUCGAGGUUGAAGCCGCAGUGAUGUUUCAUGCACCUCUAAAAUGGACCAACAUUGCUUCAGAGUUGGAAAAGUCCGCAUCUGAGUCAGAUUCGGGAACAAUUGUAAAAGAAGAGUUUGGUGAAGCUGUUGAUUUUAGCAUCAAAUACGGUAGCACUGCCGACUUCAGUGAGGAUGAUAUGGUUGAAUCUAAUGGUGUUGAUCCUGAACCGAUGGACCUUUCAGUAACAAAGAAAGCAAACACGGGUGAUAAUGAUGAAAUAAAUAGUGGUGUGGAAGAUGCCAGAAAAUUUCGUUUCAGGCCGAUUUAUCAUCGCUACUUCAAUGCCGAGUCUGAUGCCUUAGACUGUCCUCACUGCAACCUGCAGUUCAACAAAGGAUGCUUAUUUAAAGAACACUUAAGAACACACAGCAGUGAGAGACCAUUCCGUUGCUACCACUGUUCAGCUGCUUUCACUCUCAAAGAAAACCUUGAAAAACACAUGGAGAAGCGUCACCAAGAAGUCAACAAACAGGACCACAAAACUUUUCUCCCGACCAUUAUUUAUCCAGCCCAACAUAAGCUACUAACCAAAGCUGCCAAGCUAGCCCCUAAAGCCACUUCCAGAUCACAAAACAGAGUGCAAGAAUCGCCUGUUAAAGCUGUUCCUGUUACCACCAUAUUUAAGAAGAAUUCUCGAAAGAGAUCAACCACUCACAAGUCACCAAGCAACAGCAUGGGGUCAGACUCGAGCGGUGAUCUGGCAAGUGUCUCGCGAAUGCUAGCAGCAGCAACCAACUGUAAUAAUUUUGAAACAUUUCUGAAAAGCAAAGCAGUAGUUGAGUGCAAGGAGGAAGAUGAGGAUGGAGAUGAUGAAGGUGCCAUGGUGAUUGAUGAUAAAUCAAUGAGUGAACCAACAACUCAUACAAAAUCUAGAGUUUCUGCAAAAUUGAGACGAAACUCCUUCCCAAGCAUCAAUCAGAAGUUGUCUUGCCCAUAUUGUCCCCGUACAUUCCCAUGGAUUAGUUCUCUGAGACGACAUAUAUUAACACAUACUGGUGUCAAGCCGUUCCGAUGUCCACAAUGUGGUGUUUACUUUUCUACCAAGUCAAAUUGUGAGAGGCAUAUGUUACGAAAACACUGUAAUAACAACGCUGCUGACAUCAACUUUCGCAGACUGACUGAACGUCCAUUCAAGUGCCACAUGUGCAUGAGCAGUUCGUUUUCUACCAGACAACGCCUACGUAGACAUUACAUGAUGAAACAUCCCGGUGCUUCCAUACCAGAAUACGAAGGCAUUGAAGACAUCCAACCAGAAGAAGCUCCUGUGAUCAUUUCGGGCACUGAUUUUGUAAACUUUGAAAACAACGGACUUGACGACUCUUUAAAAGAAACCGACUUUGUAGCACUGAGCCAAGAACUUUCUAAAACUAACUCUGAAGUGAUGGCGAAAGCUGUACCAGCAAACGAGGAUAGCUUACAGUGCAAUGAAGUUCUUGACGAAUCUCAAGACAAUGAGGAUGUCAAUGAAACUCCUGCUGAUGUAUCAAAAACAACUUUCAUCAAAGUUGCUAGCCAAGAAACAAAAAGAAAAACUGGUGCUGCUGAAAUCAACAAAUGUACUGAGAUCAUAAAUGAUGCUGAAGACGAGGACGAAGAUGAUGAUGAAGAUGAUCUGAACUCCAGUAAUGCCUCAUCCUCGUCAUCACCAAAGAAGAGAGGCAGAAGAGCUAGUGAAAGAAUUGCUUGCGAUAUAUGUUCUAAGCAAUUCAAAUAUGCCACUACACUAACCAGACAUAUGCGUAUACAUACUCUGGCCCAUCCGUUUAAGUGUACUGACUGUAACGCUCGAUUCACCACCAAGUUUAACUGUCAACGUCAUAUUAUGAAGAUUCAUAGCAAAAAUAAAGAGGACGUUUUGUACAUUCAUGAAACUCUGUCGGAUGAAGAUAGCAAUGAAAAGGCAGUUAGUAAUACAGCAACACCGGUCGUUAGUGCUGAUCCUGUUGUGGAAAUGGAGCCAAAUGAGCCAGAUGUACAGAGCAACACUCUUAGCUUUGUUGAGGUGAAAUUUGACAACAAAGGAAACAGUUGUAAAAUACCGGAAAACUAUCACCAGAGAAAGAAGAAGUGUGAAAUCUGUCAGAAACGGUUUUGGUCCAAGCAAGAGUUGCAGCGUCACCUCAGAACGCACUCACAUGAAAAGCCAUUUGCCUGUGAGCAGUGUGAUCGUUCCUUUUCACUGAAACACAGUCUAAUGCGACACAUGCGUGUUCAUCAGGAUGAGAAUGAUGAGAAAGAUUCAAAAACUAAGGCUAAUACAUCUGUGGAAGAGCCUAGUGAAGAAGAUGCUGCUCAAACUCACAAGCGGCUGAGAAGAAAGAGAAAACCGUUAGAAAAGAAUGAAACAACUGGAAAAGAGGCGACACAGGGUGCAUCACAUUCAUCUGUUGAGGGACUUGAUCCUGGUGUGGUUGUGGUGAAUCCAGAAGCACCCCCGGCAUCACCCAAAUGCUGUGAAAAAAAAAUGCCUUGGGGCGCUAAUGAUACAAUUGAAGCCGACUCUGAGGUGUACAUGACAUCUGCAGAAGACGACCGUUCUAUGUUAAUGAAAGAAAGUUCAGAGCCUGAUAUGUUUACGCCAGGUGACGAGGUCAUUGCUUCAUGUAUGGACAAUUCAGAUAUCAUCCAGAAUCUUCUUGGAAUACACGAUUCUUCAGUUAUAGACCAGAUGUUGGAUUCUGCAGACUCGGCAGCUUCUGCGGCUAAGUUGCUUGGUAUGGAAUAGCCAGCCUGCCGGAAACUUUACAGUAUGUAUUACAAGUACCGGUACACUUAUGGGAAGUAUAUACUGAACUAAGAAGUAGAAUAACGGUAGCCAUGCCCAUAUCUGUAUAUAUUGUAUACCAUUUUGAUGUAAUAAUUUGUUCCACUUUAACCUGAAUUAUGCAAAAGCAAACGUUAUAACGUUUUACGAUUUAUCUUGUCUCACUGACACAGAAUUAAAUGUUUAGGAAUUAUAAAAUCAGAAUAUCGCAAUGCAUUGGAUAAAAGGUGGAUUUUGUUAUGGUGACGUGAUUGAUCUCCAGUAUUGGCAAAUAUUAGGAUUUUGUUGAAUUUCAAUUAAUAAUUACACUACAAUAACAAAUGUACAGGGAUUAUGAAAUAAUAAAAUUAUAAAUAUAAGCCGACCUCAACCUAAAUUUGUAUGGAUUAGGGAUAGUUUCACCAAUGGUGGCUCAGGAAUAAACAGACAAUUUUGUUUUGGUUGUUUUCCGACACCCCCCUAACUUGUAUAUGUGUAAAUUAAGAUUUUGCUUUACCCGUAUGUUGGCUCACUGUGUCGUAGGUCACCAUAUACAUAAUCCACAGUUUGUCUGAUACCGAUAUGUAUUGGUGGUUAACUAGACAUGUUAAAAAACAUUUUUUUUUUAUUCUAAUUUAUUUUCUGGCAAUUCACAAUAUGCAGAAGAGGAAAAUUGGUAAUCAGUUUGACAGCUUUACAUUUAUCAGCUCUGUCAUAUAAAAAGUAUGCUUUUUAGUGCUGCAUGCUUCCUCAUGUAGCAGCCUCACUUCUGCGUUUACUUUUUUCAUGGUCUGCCUCACCUAUUGCAGAAUGGUUUCUUCCUUGAAAGAAACCCAUCUCUCCUCAUCUGCAUACUGUGCCUUCUCAGUUCGGUGAUUUUUACUUGAAAAACACAAACAAACACUUAUUUAUUUCAUUCUUUUGUUAAACGUAACCUGGUAUUCACCCUAAGGGUGUUUCUGCAGCUUGGAUUACCAAUUGAAGUAAAAGAAACACACAUCGUAUUUUAAUACUUUUCUUAUUCAGUACAAUUGAACUGAGUUAAUUAUUGUCAAGGGAAAGAAAAAUUAUAUAGCAAUAUAGUGAGCUGGUUUUACAUCUUGAGUAGAUGUAGCAAUAAUGUUAAUAAAUGAUAAUAUAUGCACAUAUGUUGAUUACAAUGCACUUUAAAUAUGCAAGAUUUAUGUAAAUAUUUUUUUUUUUUUUUGUGAAGGCAUGAUUUUUGUUGUGUAUAGACUGCUUAAGACUUACAGAAUCAAUGCAAAAUAUUCCACUUUGUGGUGGCAUUAACUUAAAAUGUACCUCGUCUCCUUUUAUAAAGAAAGUGGCAUAAACAGACCAACAGGCUUGUGAAUUUGAAAAGAAAUGGUACAGUGUACAUCAGAAUAAUUAUCUAUGCAAAUUACUGAAUCUGCUUAGCAUAUUAAAUUAAUAGUUAUUGUUUGUAAUUCUAUGCAAGAACAAUUAUUUUACCUAAGUGACUGCAGUCAAUGGAAUUAAAUCAAUGUUUUUUUUUUCCUAUUUAACUUGGUUUAUGCUUGAUAUGCAAUUUGGAGUGUUGGUAAAUUGAACUUUUUUUGUUAUUUCUAUAUAUGCAUUAUGUUUUGGUUUGAUGAUUGUCUGGGGAAUUUUUCAAAAUUCCAAACGAUGCAAAAAAUUUAACAUGUGCCUUGUACACUGAGUACUUGUAAACAACGUUGAUCACGCUGACUUUGCAAAUAAGUGGCGUGACAUAGUCAGGUUUUCUUGCAACUGGGGCAUGGUGUACAAAUGGUAAAUGUACAUAGCUUAUGCAACCAAAGCUAUAAUUACAACAGAAGCUAAACUAGACUCUUACACGAGUACAUUUUCUUGCAUGCUAAAACAAUUUAAGCUGCGCAUUCUUUUUGAAUUUUAAAUAUUGUCAGUGAGCUAUGGACAUGACAUGUUUUUCAACACUUGGCUCUGUCACAAGAGAAGUGAUUAAGUUUUUUGGGUUACACUGCCCUCAAGCACUUUGAAGGAAAAUUGUUUCAUUUAAUGAUCUCAAUAUGCAUAUUUCCCCGUUCAAAGCUAUUAGUUAAAAAAUAUUGUGGUUCACAGUUUUAAUUUCUCUCAUUUGCAUAUAUGUAUACUUCAGACACCCUAAGUGAAUGAAUGAUCUUAAACAUUUACGUUAAAUCUCUUUAACCAUCACCACUAAUACCCUAUUUUAAAAAUAUAUGUAUUUAUCAUAUUUUGCAUUUGUAUGCAGAUAUUCAUCCAAAUUUGCAUCUACAGAUAUUUGUUAAUUUUGUUUAUUCUCAAAAAAUAGUUUUCUCAAAACUUUGACUGAAUCAAUCAAUACUUUGUGGAAGCUUGAUGUAUUUUUUUGUGUUUUUUUUGAUGGUCUGUUAUAUUUUAGUGCACUUGGUUUGAAAUUAGAUUGUGAACCUCAUGAUAUUGGUUACAUAGCACUGCUUGUUUAUUGUAUAUUUUUGAAAAUUUCAUUUAUCACUGAAUCACAAGCAAUUGACUUUAUAUUUGUUUUCGUAAUGAAAUUUUAUUUUACAGAAUUUUCUGAAAUAUUAUUUGUACUUUGUGAUUGUACUGGAAACCCAUUCUGGGAUUGUUUGUUGAUUAUUACAUUUUUAAUAUUUACUUAGGGUGUUAGAGUGGCCCUCUUUGUGAGAAAUUUUACAACCUAUUCCAAUUAUGAUAAGGGUGCCUUUUAAUAAUAAUAAUAAAGCUAGGGGUGUUUGAAAGUAGCCUCUUUCUCGGCAAUUUAUUUGUUCAAAAGUUUUUUAUGCUGCAAGCACAUGAUAUGUACAUUUUUUCUUGCAUUCAUUUUAUCAUAACCUGAUAUUACACAAGUUUGAACAUUUUUGCUGGGAGAGUGGAAUUUCUUGCUUUGAAAGAUAUAUGCCGUCAAUAAUUGAUUGAAAAGCAAUAGCUGAUAGUAUAAAAACUUUUUUUACACCUUUUUUACAAAUGGGGCUGUCAGUUUUUCGUUGUAUCUUUGUUUUGUCCAUAAGCUAUAUACCCUGUACAUCCAAAUAUCGGUAGCAUAGUAAAGGUCGUACUUUUGAUAGUGAUAAUACUUGUAUCCCUUGCCACAUUUUAGUUCCAAUUUCCAGUAGCAUUGUAUAUACGUGUGGCUUGUCUUUGGUAGUUGGAACUAUCUGCUGGUACAUUAGGCAGAUUCAGGCAAAUAUAUACUAAUUAAUAUGUAAAUUAAAGAAAACACGUCUUUUAUUGUUUUUUUUGGCAUGUCAAUUUGAGGAUGACUAUAUCCUCCCUUCAAAUGUUUUUCUAUGAGAUCCCGUACUAUUAUGGAUUAAAAUGCAAGAAUUUGGUGACUGGUCUAAAGUCGACAAAUUAAUUUGGUUAAUUUGAACUACAUGUACAUUUGCCUGGAACUGCACCUUUGAUCGCCUUUUAGUACAAGUAUGUGAGAAACCUGAUUUCAAGAGAUUGAGCGAAGUGGCAGGGCAGGAAGUGCUUUAUAAAAUGUACUGUCAUAAAAUGCUUGUACUAUGCAAAGCUAAUUAUUUUUGUUUAUAAGCACUUCAAAUAGUAAUUACAGUACCUUGUUGAAAAUUCUACAAAAUCAAACCUGCAAGAUUUGUGGAAUGUAAUAGAAUAUUAAGCUUUAGAUAGUAUUUUUUUUUUAAAGCCAACCUUCAACUAGUGCAAGUGGUUCCAGGUUCUCUAUUAGGAUAUAUUAUAUAUAUUGUAAUUUUUUUUAAAAUAAUAUUUCUGGGGAAUUUUACAGGUGUGUGUGUGUUUUCUCAGGCUGACGUUUCUAUUUACUGUGGUACUAUACCUGGAUCAUUGGAGUUCAUAUCAGGAUCCAGAUUUAUGUCAUUUUUUUUUUCACUUUUGAAAUUAAUUUUGAUAAUGAAUAAACUCCAACCAUAUAAUAUAA